AUGAUAGCAAUGGCGUUGGAGAUGUUGCGUCCUCGUGUUGAGGCGAUAUCAGCUGAAGCGAAGAGAACCAUAUGCCAAAAUGUUUUGCUUCCUUUGAUUGAACGCUCCACUUUCGACAAAAUCAUCGACGUGGUACUGCGUGUCGUAUCCGAAUUGGUUAACUGCGCGAAUCCCGGUCUUCCACUUCUUGUUCGUUUACAGAGUGUAGUCGAGAAGCGAUACAGGACAAAUGGUGAACUGAUGAAAAUGUUCUUGAAAGUUGUGCUCUUUGUGUUUGAGCAUCCACUUCUGCUUACAUCUGAUUAUGCGGAGAAGUUGGAGGACGCGUUCCAUUGGGGUUUAACCGCA